AUGGCUUCGACGCCGGCUGAUCCGGAUGUGGCUGGUUUGACGGCCAGGUGGGCUGAUAUUGUGUUCCAGGAGGAAGCCACGGCGUUUCUGCCGGUUGAAGGGGACGGGACCGAGGAGGGGGGCGGCGAGGUGGAGGAGAGUUGGGGGGUGGUGGGAAGGUUCUUGACACGGAAGCUAGUCAGGUUGGAAUUUAUGAGUCAGGUCCUGGCAUCGGUGUGGCAGCCGGUGAGCGGGGUUGAGGCAACGGAGGUUGAGCCUGGUCGAUUCCUGUUUGUUUUUCAUCAUGUAACGGACAUGGAACGAGUUCUAAACGAGGGGCCCUGGUCUUUUGAUAAUAGUACGCUGGUGUGUAAGCAGGUCCCUAACGGAGUUAUGCCGGUUGAUGUAGUGCUGGAUACGGUGGAUUUAUGGGUUCAGCUACAUGGACUGCCGAAUGGAUACUCAUCUAGUAGGAUUUUGGAACAGAUUGGAAAUUUCUUGGGUACGUUUGUGAAAUAUGAUGAUCAUUUCGAUAACGCCCCGUAG